AUGGAAGAGGGAAAAUGGAGCCGGAAGGAGCACCGGCCUCUGAGCGACUUUUUCGUAGGCUCCCUGCCUCUGGCUCGAGGCGGAGCCUCUAGACAGAGGCGUCAGGCGGCUCGAGUUGAGGAGACGUGUUCGGCCGGCCCCUCGCAGGCUCCGACCGAGCCCGCCGCCGCGAGUUCGGAGGCCGUGGAGGAGCUGACGGCGGCCACGGUCCUGGCGCGAAGAGACGAGCCCCUCGAGGAGCAGCCGACUACGAGCGAGUGUCUUCUGCCCAGUUUCACCGGGCUCCAGUUGGUUCGUUUCACUCGAGGCGACCUCUUCAAGGCGGUGGCCCGCCACCUUCCCGCGCAGCCAGCUCCGACGGGUUGCGAUCUGGAAGGGGACGCCGACGCUGAUUGGUUGGAACGGCGUCUCCUCGACUCAGGCUGCAUUCGCCUCGACGAGACGAGGCCGGCCGGUUUCGCCGUCGAUCUCACAAAUCUCCUGCCCGAGUCGUCAUCGACGCCCGGCGACGAGCCGACCGUCGGCCGGCGAAGACGCGCUGCGAUGGCUGUCGCCGCCCAGUGUCCCGAGGGCGGAGUCCCGCUCCGUCAUCUCGCCUACUUGGUCGUCUGCGAGGCUGACUCGCUCGGUACCGCGGCGCCCGGCCGGCCCACGCACCGCUGCUCCCUCCAGACCGUCCUCAGACCGGCGGCGGUCCGACGCCUCGCCGACGAUUCCGCCGGUCUCGUCGGCUGCCCCUUGCUCGGCCGGUUCGGCCAAUCGCCCACCACGCCGCUCACUCUGGCCGACCUGAUCGCUUUCGCCAUUCGCCGGCUGGACGAGCUGCCUGAAGACUUGUUAGUUGCCAGCACGUCUUGA